AGGGUGGGGGAACCUGAUACUGGCAUCAACUGAUGUUAUGAAAGUGGAUUAUGAUGUUUAUUUUCAGAUAAAUGUCAUCUGAAAUAAAACAUACCUUCCCCCAGAAAGGUGUGUGGGGUAUUUGGGAAGACAGAAACCGGGAUUGGCAGUUCCCGGGACGGGGCUCAGAUGGGCACAACAGCAUUUAAACACCAUCCCAUCAGAGGUGCGGGGGACUUUUCCACGCACACUCACCACCUUUUAAAAAGUCCCUUGCUCAUCACCCUCUUCCUUACACCCCAGUGCUCACCGGGGAACUUGCAUACACUUGAAAGGUACAGGGUUUAGAGGAAAAAAUUGUUUAUUUGGGGCUUUCAGGGCACAGAAAAAGCCUCCGAAUGGUGAGGGGCCGAGAACCCACGGUGCGUGCCCGCUGGUGUGGAGGGGCCCACACGCCCCGUUCCCCCUCGCUCCUGGGAAGUUGUUGUCAGGUCACAGAGUGAGAGGCAGCGGCAGGUCAGGUGUGUCUCGGCUGGCUGGGCGGCCUGCUCCUACCACAGCACCCCAUGGGGCGGUCCAGGCCCAGGGUGUGCCAUCUCGGGAGAACUUGGCAUCUUCCCAACCUCUCAGUGCCCCUUGGAGCCGCCCCAGCACGCCGCAGGUACCCUCCGGCCAAGCUGCGGGGUCCUCUGUGUCCGAGACCGUUGCUGAGUGCGGACACACACCCAAGUGGGGAGAAUCAGUUUCGGGCUCAGUGUCUCGGCCAGCAAUCAGCAGAGUGUUUAUGUGCCCAAGGCCAAGUUCACCGCCGGCCUCUGAGGUGACUAAUGUAUGUUGUUCUUGCUGAGUGCCUUUCACUUGAGAAACCCCAGACACCUCUGUGUCGGUCCUCAGUGCCAUCUCCGGAUGUCCCCUGGCUUCCGGGCCUGUGGCCGUGCAGUCCUUUCCUCCGCAGAAGCACUUACAUCCACUUACAGAGCUCCAGACCGGGUCUGGUUCCAGGCGCGGCCGUCUGUCUUCAUUAAGGUGUCUGCAUUCUCCGGCCCCUCAGAGAUGAGUACCAAGCAGGGUGUUUUUGGCGCUUUGGCUUUCAAAACCUGACAACCCCAGGAAAAUGGCAGCCAGCAAAGACAUAGCAGCCCCGGAAGGCACUGUGUGAGCCACUGUCCCAGAGCAGGAGGGGUUCCGUGCCAGGACGGUGCUCUGGAAGUUGAGAGCUGGGCUCUGGGCAAACUUGUUAAACUUGGAGCAGUGAAACGACUGGGGCUUGCACAUCGGAAAUUAUCCAGGAGUAAACUCAGUAAAUUAAGUAAACCCUCUCUGAGAGCCUACGAGCUCUGGAAACCUACAGAUUCCUUGGUGGGCACCGACGAGGCACCUGCUGUGGCAGUGCCCUGUGCCAGGUUCGUUCAGUUGACCCUUUUUUAUCUGGCUUCCUCCGCAUCUCUGCUGGAGGUACCGUGACUAGCCAGCUGGACACUGUCCCUCAUAGUCAAAUGCUGGGCCUCAACAAUGAAGCAGACGGACGUCCUGGCCUAGACCACCUGCUCCUCGCUCAUGCUAAGUGCAUGCAAUGUGACCGCGCUGUUCUGAGGGCCGUGUGUGUAUUCACUCAUGAAUCAAUCCCCACGGGGUUCCCACGAGGUAGGUGCUGUUAUUCUCUGCAUUUUGCGGGUAAGAGCACUGAAGCCCAGGAGGGUGCUGUCAUUUGUGCAAAUCACACAGCAGGUGAUUGGAACUGGGUCUCCUGGUCCUAGAGUCUUUGUCCUCACUGCCUCCAUCCAUCGGUGAGAAGGGGGAAUUUAGAAAAGAAAGUACCACGUCCUCUGAGAAGGGGGGGAUAAAGUGUCCUGGGAGUUUCCAGCGGGAGAGAGAGGCUGAGGGAGGCACAGGGUGAGGUAGAGCCCCUGUCCGUGCCUGCUUCCGAAUGGCUCUCUGCUGGGGGUGAGGGAGGGGGGUAUGACACCCUCAGCUGCCAAGGGAGCUCCUCUAACCAGAGGGAAGCAGAAGAAGCACUUGAGACCUGGGCUCCAGUUCUAGUUGAUCCAGACAGGCCUCGGCCCUUCCCAGGCCUCAGUUUCCUCGUCUCUAAAAUGGGGGUGUUGGACAGCACUCUGUUCUAUUCCAGAAGUCUGUGGUUUCGGCAGACUAGGCGGGGCUGGCUCUGCAUGCACUCAGCAGAGUUUAUUGACCAGAAAGACAUGCUUGGCUCUGAGAAAUGAGCCAGGCACGUGGCUUCCCAGAAGGCCCGGCAGCUGGGAAAGGUUGUCUGUGUUCUGUCAGUGUCUGGCCCCGUCGGCUCUGUGUGCCUUUCUUUGUAGUCAGGGUGACAGCGUCUGUGUCCGGAGUGCAGGCUGUCCGGUAUGUUAAGAAGAGAGAGAGAAAAGGAGACAGAGAGAUGGAGGGAGAGAGCGGGGAGGCAGAGCAAAAAGGAGAGGAGAGAUUGAGAGAGACUUCGAAUCUGCUUGGAAAUUCUGAGGAAUUAAGUGCUUUCAGAUACUUCAAGAAAAUGAGUGUUAAUGGAGCUUAAAAGCUUCAAAUAAUAACUGUAGCCUCAUCUACCUGCUAACUUUUCUCCGGAGGGCGCUUUUCGUUUCUGGUAUGGCAGAGGCAUACGGGCCUGGACUUGUGUUCCAGGUGAAGAGAUGGAAAACAAAACAAGGAAAAGGAAUAGAUUAAAAAAAGAAAAUCCCACAAAAGACAAAAGCCAACCAGGAGAGACAGGGUUCCCUGAAGAAUGGUGGCUCGAGUUUGUUGGGUUUCUGGAGCCUGGGAGCGUAAGUGAGCUGAUGUUGGGGUGGGCUGUGCAGCAGGGAAAGCAGGACCCACUCGAGGUGACCCACGGUGCGACGUGUCCUGUGUGCAGCUCUGUCCAUGCUGCGUGGCGUGUGCCCAGGGCUAGCUUCCUGGUCGAUUGCCGGGGGGCAGCUGGCGAGCGGGGAGGCCGUGCUGUUCCCAUCACCAUUUUGUCCUUGAAUAUCCAAGUGGUUCCUGGCAACACACAUGGUGUCACUAUCUUCUUCAUGGCAAACGGUCUGAGGAGGCUGUGAGGAGAGUCGGAAACGACCCUUGACAUCCGGGAGAAGGGUUGGCAGGUCUGGGUGACCUGGAGGCUAUGUCCCUCAGCAGUGGGCGACCUUGACCCACCACUCGUGUGUUAGGGGCUAUUGGGACUCUCUGGAUGUCUCAAGUUCAAGUUCCCUAAAAGACAAGGGCUCUACCCACCUCUCCCUUCCACUACAAAGGGCUCCAGGGGGACAAGGCAGCUGAGGUAGAGCUAUGGAUGCCCUGGCCCUCUCCGUCCAUUUCUCAUCCAUCCCCGAUGCUCACCACACUGUCUGCCCUGCCGGAUUGUAAACCCUGUGAGUGCAGGGAGGGAGCGCCUUAACCUCUGUGUGCCUCAGUUUCCUGGUUUGUAAACCAACAGGACCAGUGACCACCUAUGGCUAUCCUAAGGACGGAGUGAUUGAAGAUUAAAUGAGGUGAUAGUUACUGAGUAUUUGCUGUAGGCCAGCCCUGAUCUAGGCACCUGGUGAAUAUUAACUUAGUCCUUACAGGAACCCUUAGAGGUAGGGAUUCUCAUUGUGAGGAAACUGAGGCACGGGGAGGACGGUUAACUGGCUGAUGAGCCGGGCUGAUAUAGAGACCAGUGUUAUCCUGCCUCUCCCAGCGAGAGGAGCAUUAGACCCGUGCUGGGCCCAGCAGCACGCGUACUCGGCGUGAGCUCUGAUCACUCUGUGCCCUGCUGGGGUCCCCUAGCAACACAGCCCUCAGGAGAGGGUGGCAGGGCCCACCACCUCCUGGAGGCUCCCCAGCACCCAGGCCCGCCUGCCUCGGUCCCCCUGGUGACAGCAUCUUGUCAUGUGAUUGGCAGCUGGCGAAGGCUCUCAGGUUUGCCUUGGUGGCUCAGGCAGGCAGGGCCUGGCCAAGGAAGGUGCUACCAUUGAGCAUCAUUUGAUCCUCCGUUUGGCGCAUGGGAUUUCCCAGGUGCGGGGCUUUCACAGAGCAAGGGCUGGUGGGUGGGUCUCAUUCUUCCUGAUAAACUGAACACCAGGUGAGCAGAGCAUCUGUCAGAAACCAGCUUCUGCAGCGCAGAAGGGGGUCUCGGUGGUUCCAAGAAACACGCCAUGAUGGGAAAGGUACAGGAAACACAGGUACCAAGGGCCCUUGAGCAACAUGGGCUUGAGCUGCGCCGGUCCACUUAUAGACAGAUUUUUUUUUUCAGUAAAUACUGUAAGUGUAUUUUCUCUUCCUUAUGAUUUUCUUAACAGUAUUUUCUUUUCUCUCACUUACUUUGUAAGAACAUAGUAUAUAAUACAUGUAACAUACAAAAUAUGUGUGAACCGACUCUUUAUGGUAUUGAAGAGGCUCCCAGUCCCAGUCCCAGUUCACCUUUUUAUGGAAAAUAAUAUACUUUUUCAUCUCUAUUCUCGUCUAGGAUUGAGGCACACUUUAAAAUAAAAAUAACCAUUUAAAAGUUUUGCUAAGACAAGCCAACAGAAAGGCCUGUUUACCUCUGAUCACCCACCUUAGCAAUGGCACCCCCAGUCAGUGAGGAUGUUUUCUGCCGUGGCCUCAGGUCGCUGUGUGAGCAUGACUCCCGCCUGCUCUGGGGGCCGCACUGAGAGGCAGGAGCCCUGGGUCCCGAUUGUCCUCCGCCGGGAAGACACGUGCAGCCAGGAUGAACAUGGGACCCGGGGCCACUUGCUGCUUUAACCAUGGAGACGCGGGACCGCGGUGAGAUGGACACAGCCCCGUCGGAGCCUCUUCACUCCCACAUUAAGUUGUUGAAAACCAACCGUGAGCUGCUGGUCACUCACAUCCGCAGCACGCAGUGUCUGGUGGACAACCUGCUGGAGAAUGAGUACUUCUCGGCCGAAGAUGCGGAGAUCGUGGGCGCCUGCCCCACACAGCCCGACAAGGUGCGCAAGAUUCUGGACCUGGUACAGAGCAAGGGCGAGGAGGUGUCCGAGUUCCUCCUCUUCGUGCUCCAGCGACUCGCAGAUGCUUACGUGGACCUCAGGCCCUGGCUGAUGGAGAUCGGCUUCUCCCCUUCCAAGCUCAUUCAGAGCAAAACUGUUGUCAACACUGAUCCAGUGAGCAGGUACAUCCAGAAGCUGCGACACCAGCUGGGCCGCGACUCCAAGUUCAUCUUGUGCUACUCGCAGAAGGAGGAGGUGCUGCUGGAGGAGGUGUACACGGACACCAUCAUGGAACUGGUCAGCUUCAGCAACGAGAGCCUGGGCAGCCCAGGCAGCCUGGCCCACCUCCUGGACCACUCCACGGGCGUCCUCAACGAGCAGGGCGAGACCAUCUUCGUCUCGGGCGACGCGGGCGUGGGCAAGUCCAUGCUGCUGCAGCGGCUGCAGAGCCUCUGGGCCGCCGGCCAGCUGGACGCGCGGCUCAAGUUCUCCUUCCACUUCCGCUGCCGCAUGUUCAGCUGCUUCAAGGAGGGCGCCAUGCUGAGUCUGCAGGACCUGCUCUUCAAGCACUGCUGCUACCCGGAGCAGGACCCCGAGGAGGUGUUCGCCUUCCUGUUGCGCUUCCCCCACGCCGCCCUCUUCACCUUCGACGGCCUGGACGAGCUCCACUCGGACUUCGACCUGAGCCGCGUGCCCGACACCUCGUCGCCCUGGGAGCCGGCCCACCCCCUGGUCCUGCUGGCCAACCUGCUCAGCGGGGUGCUGCUCAAGGGGGCCACCAAGCUGCUCACGGCCCGCACGGGCAUCGAGGUCCCGCGCCAGCUCCUUCGGAAGAAGGUGCUCCUGCGGGGCUUCUCCCGCAGCCACCUGCGGGCCUACGCCAGGAGGAUGUUCCCCGACCGGGCCACCCAGGACCGCCUGCUGGACCAGCUGGAGGCCAACCCCAACCUCUGCAGCCUGUGCGCCGUGCCCCUCUUCUGCUGGAUCAUCUUCCGCUGCUUCCAGCAUUUCCACGGCGCCUUCGACAGCCCCCCAGAGCUGCCCGACUGCACGGUGACCCUGACCGACGUGUUCCUGCUGGUCACCGAGGUCCACCUGAACAGGACGCAGCCCACCAGCCUGGUGCAGAGGAACACGCAGAGCCAGACGGAGGCCCUCCGCGCCGGCCUGGCCACCCUGCGCGCGCUGGGGCAGCUGGCCCGCUGGGGCAUGGAGAGGGACCUGUUUGUCUUCAGCCAGGAGGAGGUCCAGGCCGCCGCCAUGCGGGAGGCUGACCUGCAGCUGGGCUUCCUGCGGGCCGUGCCCGAGCCGGGCCUCGGAGAAGACCAGCUGUCCUAUGAGUUUUUCCACACCACCCUCCAGGCCUUCUUCACCGCCUUCUCCCUCGUGGUGGACGCCAAGGUGGGCACGCGGGCGCUGCUCAGGUUCUUCCAGGAGUGGGUGCCUCCGGCGGAGGCAGCAGUGGCGGCCUGCUCGGCCCCCUUCCUCCCCUUCCCGUGCCUGGGGGCCCGCGACCCGGCGGGGGACAACCCCUUCAGGAACAAGGACCACAUUCGGUUCACCAACCUCUUCCUGUGCGGGCUGUUGUCCAAAGCCAAACAGAAACUCCUGCGACACCUGGUGCCGGCCGCGGCCCUGAGGAGAAAGCGCAAGGCCCUGUGGGCGCACCUGUUCGCCAGCCUGCGGACCUACCUGAAGAACCUGCCCCGCACUCGGUCUGGGGGCUUCAACCAGGUGCAGGCCAUGCCCACCUUCAUCUGGAUGCUGCGCUGCAUCUACGAGACGCAGAGCGAGAAGGUGGGGCAGCUGGCGGCCAAGGGCAUCUGCGCCAACUACCUCAAGCUGACCUACUGCAAUGCCUACUCGGCCGACUGCAGCGCCCUCUCCUUCGUCCUGCACCACUUCCGCAAGCGGCUGGCCCUUGAUCUGGACAACAACAAUCUCAACGACUACGGCGUGCGGGAGCUGCAGCCCUGCUUCAGCCGCCUCACAGUCAUCAGACUCAGCGUAAACCAAGUCACUGACAGUGGGGUCAAGGUGCUAUAUGAAGAGCUGACCAAGUACAAAAUUCUGACGUAUUUAGGCUUAUACAACAACCAGAUCACUGAUGUCGGAGCCGGGUACAUCGCCAGCAUCCUGGAUGAGUGCAAAGGCCUCACACAUCUUAAACUGGGGAAAAACCAGAUAACCAGCAAGGGAGGAAAGUGUCUCGCCCUGGCCGUGAAGAACAGCAAAUCCAUCUUGGAAAUCGGGAUGUGGGGCAAUCAAAUCGGUGAUGAAGGAGCAAAGGCCUUCGCAGAGGCUCUGAGGAACCACCCCAGCCUGACCAACCUGAGUCUGGCUUCCAACGGCAUUUCCACAGAAGGAGGAAAGAGCCUCGCGCAGGCCUUGCACUGGAACACGUCGCUGAGAAUAUUCUGGCUCACCCAGAAUGAACUCAACGACGAAGUGGCAGAGAGCAUGGCAGAGAUGUUGAAAGUCAACCAGACGCUGACACAUUUAUGGCUUAUCCAGAACCAGAUCACAGCCAAGGGGGUCGCCCAGCUGGCAGACGCCUUACAGAAGAACACUGGCAUCAAGGAGAUUUGCCUCAAUGGGAACUUAAUGAAGCCCGAGGAGGCCGGAGGCUUUGAGGGUGAGAAGCGGCUUGUCCUUUCCUGAGAGGACGCCUUCCUGUCCGAGGAUCUGGCCCUGGGAGGGCGCUAGCAGCAGCAGCCACUCUGCGGUCACCUGUCUGAGGUGUCGUCUCGCAAGGGGACUGCCGGGAGCCCAGGGCCUUCACAGAUGCUCCGAUAGGCCAGCUCAGCUCCCUGCACGGCUGGUGCAGUUUCCCAGGGAAGCGUGGGCUUUGUGAGCCGUGUUGGUUCCUGGAAACAUGCCAUGGAGACGUUCCUGAGUGCCCACGAUCGCUGUGAUCUGCAUCAGGAGGAAUGACUGAGCUCGUACAGCGCCUGCCCUGGCGGCUGGGGGAGCGAGCGGUCACUGCUGUCCUCACUGAGCCGUCGAGGAUGUGCUGCAGAGUUGGUGCCGAGUUUUUUGCAGAGAAGAUGCUCCAUGAACAAGAAGUGUUUUGCCUGAAAUCUUCCUCCUCGGUACCUCCCAUGUGUUGCUGUCCUUCCCACUUCACAGCUGUAGAUACUGAGGGGUGUCCCGUGUGGGGUGGUAGUGGGUGCCAAGGAAAAGACCCGGCACAGGCUUUUUCAUCCUGGGGCCUCACUGCCAACCGAGACCACUGGCUGCGCUCUUAGCUAAGAGCAAGGGCGAUGCCUUCAUGACGCUGCCUUUCCACUCAGGGGUUUCCCACGCGAGGCUGACCUCCUCCGGGGACUAACACUGGGCAGAGCUGCUCUGCCCCAGGAAGACUGCCUGCCCCCAGAGGAAUAGGCGUGGCUUACCUUGUGGUCCUGGCACCCACUGAGCCUCCUCUCCCCUGCCCUCCUCAGGAGGUCUCCUGCCCCAGUCGCUGUGAGGGCGACGGAGUUGGAGCCAAGAGUCAGGCAGCUCCGAGGACCCGGUAGCAUGUCAGACCCCGACCACAGUGACGGGCGCAUGGUGGGUGCUAAUGGGGGAGGGUGGCGAUAGGACCAGACGACCUGCCCUUUCGCCAACCCAUUUGUUAAUAAAUACUGAACACACUA